GUUGACAUCUGAGGCUGCUGCUUUACUUCUACUUGAAGACUUAGACCACGAUUUUUGCUAUAAGACGCGCACCGCGUUUCUUGCGAUACAAUCGCUUUGUACAAUAUUGUAAUCUAUCGAAUAUCCGCAAAAUGACAACUAUUGUGGGCGAUGGCCCGAUAGCGCUCCAGCAGACAGGGAAGAGAGAUGCGCUAAAAGCCAUCGAGAAAAGGUGCCAGCAACGCUGGGAGGAGGAGCAUGUAUUUGAAGUGGACGCGCCAACAGCUGAGCAAAUCGCGCAGCUUUCUCCUACUGAGAUCAGGCAAAAGUUUCCAAAAUGGUUUGGAAACUUUCCCUAUCCCUACAUGAAUGGGUCGCUCCAUCUUGGCCAUGCUUUCACGAUCUCAAAGAUCGAGUUUGGUGCUGGGUAUCAGCGUUUGCUCGGGAAGCGUGCUCUGUUCCCUCAUGGUUUCCAUUGUACAGGCAUGCCAAUCAAGGCUGCUUCAGACAAAAUUAUCCGCGAAAUGCAGAUGUUUGGCCCUGACUUUGAAGGGUACAAGGAACCUGAAGACGAUGGUCCUUCCGCCCCUCCUGCACCAGUUAGCGGCGCGCCUGCAUCUUCAGCUCCAGACAAGGCGAAGAAAGGGAAGGUCGUUGCAAAAGCUACUGGACACACGUAUCAGUUCCAGAUCAUGGAAUCGAUCGGUGUACCUCGUGCAGAAAUCAAAAAAUUCGCAGAUCCUCAAUAUUGGUUGAAGUAUUUCCCUCCCAUCGCAGUCGCGGACCAAAAGGCACUUGGUACUCGCAUCGACUGGCGACGAGCCUUUAUUACCACUGACGCAAAUCCAUAUUACGAUGCCUUUGUCCGCUGGCAAAUAAAUAAGCUGUACCGACAAAAUAAAAUAAAAUUCGGUGAACGAUAUACAGUGUAUUCGCCGAAGGAUGGUCAACCGUGUAUGGAUCAUGAUCGCUCCGAAGGUGAGGCCUUGGGUCCUCAAGAGUACACCACUAUUAAACUGGAGGUGGCGGAAUGGUCGGAGGGUGCUAAGAGCUUGCUUGAGUCCAAAGUCGGAGGGCGAAAGGUGUUCCUAGUGGCAGCGACGUUGCGACCAGAGACCAUGUACGGCCAGACCAACUGUUUCGUUGGUACGGCUAUCAAGUACGGCGUCUUCGCCGGGAAGAACAACGAAGCGUACGUGUGCACGUACCGUGCAGCGCGUAACAUGGCUUUCCAGGGCAUCACGGAGACGCCAAGCAAGGUGGAACAGCUCGCGGAAGUUGAUGGCAGCGCACUCGUUGGUACAAAGGUUAAGGCAGCCUUUUCCGUGAAUCCAGAAGUCUAUGUACUGCCUAUGGAGAAUGUUCUGGCAACUAAGGGUACUGGUGUUGUCACGUCGGUACCAUCAGAUUCUCCAGAUGACUAUGCUACGCUUUUCGAUCUCAAGAAAAAGCCUGAAUAUUACAAGAUCAAACCAGAGUGGUGUGCCCUUGACCCGAUUCCCGUCCUUUCUACACCGACGUACGGUGAACAGACCGCCCCAGCCAUCGUGAAGAAGCUCAAAAUCAAUUCUCAGAAGGAUGUCAAGCAGCUUGCGGAAGCGAAAGACAUUGCUUAUAAGGAGGGCUUCUACAACGGGACUAUGCUUGUUGGUGAAUUCAAAGGCAUGAGCGUACAAGAAGCGAAGCCACGUGUCCGUGAGGCAAUGAUCAAGGCAGGCCUCGCAUUCGCUUACGCGGAGCCCGAAGGGUUCAUCCUUUCGCGGAGUGGGGAUGAAUGUGUGAUUGCUCUCAUGGAUCAAUGGUAUCUUGAUUAUGGCGAACCUACUUGGCGAGCACAAGCAGAGAAGCUCCUUGCGAGGAUGAACACAUACAGUACAGAAACUCGUAAUAACUUCGAAGCGACCCUUGGAUGGCUUAAUCAAUGGGCAUGUGCUCGUACUUAUGGUCUCGGUACGAAACUUCCAUGGGAUCCGACUUUUAUGGUCGAGUCUCUAAGUGAUUCGACAAUCUACAUGAGCUACUAUACAAUUGCACAUCUCUUGCAAGGAGGUGUGUGGGAUGGCAGUAAACCAGGACCAUUGGGUGUUACUCCAGAGCAAAUGACCGACGAAGUCUUCGAGUACCUCUUCUGCGACGGACCAUGGCCUUCGAAUACAACGCUAAGCAAAGAAAAAGCCGAUGUGAUGAAACACGAAUACAACUAUUUCUACCCGCAAGAUAUCCGAUCCUCUGGCAAGGAUCUUAUACCUAAUCAUUUAACUUUCGCGAUUUACAUUCAUGCUGCGAUCUUCCCUGAGGACAAGUGGCCGCUUAGCAUGCGCACGAAUGGACACUUGAUGUUGAAUGGGAAGAAGAUGUCUAAGAGCACGGGCAACUCGCUUACGCUUCGUGAGUCGGUUGAGAAGUUUGGUGCUGAUGCGACUCGGAUUGCCCUUGCGGAUGCUGGAGACAGCAUCGAAGAUGCUAACUUUGACGAGAAGAAUGCGAACGCCAAUAUUCUGCGUCUGCAUACACUUAUAGACUGGUGCGAGGAAAUGAUGCAGGAGCAAGGCAAGAUGCGCAAAGAUAGAAUAUACCACGAUACUGUCUUCGAAAAUGAGAUCAAUGAAUUGAUCGCACAGACCCAUGCUCAUUACGAGGCGACGAACUACAAAGACGCCUUGAAAUAUGGGUUCUUUGAAUUGCAGAUGGCUCGCGACUGGUACCGCGAGGUGACAACUGACCUCGGAAUGAAUGCUGACCUCGUCAAAUACUGGAUUCGCGUAUCCUGCUUGCUCAUCGCACCUAUCGCGCCACACUUCGCUGAGCACAUCUGGAGCUCGGUAUUGGGCGAACCAGUCACAGUCCAACGUGCCCUUUGGCCAUCACCUUCAGGACCAGUUGACCCUGCUAUUGUAGAAGCAGGGCAGUACAUGCGUGGAACCCUCAAAACGAUGCGCGACUCCGAGAUAUCCAUGCUCAAGAAGCUUAGUAAGAGCAAGAGUGCACCGUAUGACCCGAAGAAACCCAAGAGUGCGCGGAUCUACGUCGCAACUCGCUUCCCGGAGUGGCAGGACCGUGUUGUUGCUAUUGUUAAGGAGGCAUAUGACGCGCAGAAGGACAAAGUUGACGACGUGAAGAUCCGCGAGCUGCUUCAGAGUAAGGGCUUGAUUAAGGAUAAGCGAGCGAUGCCUUUUGCUCAGCUCUUCAAGAAACGAAUUGCUCAAUUCGGCGCGAAGACAGCAUUCCAACGAUCCCUUCCCUUCUCCGAGUCGGCAGUGCUCUCGGAACUCUUGCCAUAUCUCAAGAAAUCGCUUAACCUCGUCGAUGCAGAGGUGCUUAUGGUUGACGAUGCCCUUCAGAAAGAAGGACCUGGUUUCUCAAAAACUAUCAUAGAACAGGCAGAGCCGGGAAGUCCUGCAUUCGAGUUCCGUAAUGUAUAGAGAUGGGUCGGUGUACUUUGAAUGCAUCAUUGUUGUGCAUCUUCUUUGUAGUGCAGUCUAGAAUUUUUGGUGACUUCCUACCUCUUUCAUAUUGUGCUUUUCAAGUCCUGAGAAGAAU